AUGAACCUCAAGAAACAGCAGCUUAGUGUGCGGCUGAAAGACCAGAGGUCACCUACGACUACGCUGAUCGAUCUGCCAACAGAACUUCUCAAUCAAGUUGUGUCACAUUGUCCCGCCACCUCGGUCGGCCAUCUAUCAAGGACGUCAAGGUCUCUACAUGAAUUUGUCGAGAAAGAGGGUUGGCGAACAUUUACACAAACUCACUUUCCAUCGUUGAGUCCUUCAAUACACUGGCGAGAUGCUGCGCAUUCACUUACUACGUUAUCGCGUAAUUGGCAACGUCGGGCGUUCCUCGCAACAUAUCUCGGACCAUCAGGUGAUGCCAUCGCCCUGCCCAGUGGGCAGCCAAUCAAGAAAUGGAAACGACCGGGAGGCCAGACUAUGGGAUUUCAACCCGCUGUCGAUAGCUACGAGCACUUUGUCGAGAAUUGCUGGACAGAUCGACGACAAGUUGUUGCUUGGAGCGCUGGCGCAGAGUUGGUUGUACGUGUCAAGGUGAGAGAUGCAGCAACCGAAGACGCAUAUCGCAGCGCAUCACCUCGAGACAAACAGGAGAAAUUCGAAAACAACGGUACGCGGGUGCGGUGGUGGACCUACAAGCCUCUGAGCAGUGUCGAAGGCCGUGACGACAUCACCAGCAUAAAAAUUCUUAGGCCAAAAACUCAACAGGAACGCAAGAAUAUCGACAGCAGCGAACAAAUCAUCAUCGGAACCGCCAAUGGAGACUUGCAGCUGCUAGAAAUGCCGCCUGUCUCGGAAGGAAGUGUCAUCAAGACGUAUUAUGUCACGAACGGCGUCUCAGUACGGUCCAUGUCUUUAUCGAUGGAUUUCGAAAGCUCCCAGAAUCAACCACAGCACCUAGCUGCCAAUCUAUCAGACUCCAAGGUUGCACUAUAUCAAGUGGACUCUAUGCAGCUCAAAAUCGCGCCCGUUAGUGAGAUUGAUGCUACACCCCAAAGUCGAAAAGGUUGUCGAAUCUGGUCGACCAAGUUCUUGAGUCCCGGUCGCUUGGCCAUUGGAUUAGGGCCAUCUAUGGCACCCAUCAACAUCUUUGAAAUCCGUCCAGAAGGCAUUGUAGAAGAGCCCGUGCGGAGAAUAGGUCUUGCCGGAAGUGCGGAUGAACCAGAGACAGUCAGAGUUUCUUCGAUAUAUCCCAUCGAGCAUGUAUUGGACAGCAACGGUGGUCGUGAUGGCAAUCUUUUCCUCAGUGGUGGCUAUGAUGGUAUCGUGAGACUGCACGACAUGCGAUCGCCGUCACCAUCUACAGCUGUCUAUCACGACCCCACAGACGAUGCCGCCAUCUAUUCUCUCUUGUCCCGAGGCAGAGAUCGUGUCGUAGCCGGUGCUUCACGCCAUGGAUUACUCAAGAUGUUCGAUCUCCGCAUGUCUGGAGGUAGCCUAUACGACUAUGCCGGAUCCUCAGAUACCAAUGAUUCUGCCACUGGAGACUGGAACUUAUUCAUCAAUCCUCGAGAUAGAUACGUCAACUCGACAUGGAGAGGACCGAAUAGCUGGAUGCGUCGCAGUGCUGAGGGAUCCGUCUACAAUCUCUCAUCGCCAUCACCGACCUCACCCUUCAUCUUCGCGGGAGUGGAAAAUGCGGUUGUCGAGUUCAAUUUCUCCUCCGUACUUGAUAAACACCCAGAUCCGAUCUUCCUUGGAAAACCUCAUGGACGCAAGGGCCAACGAGCUCAUGCCCCUUCGUACCUGCAGCAUAAGCUCGACAUACUCAACUUGGCAAUGUACUCGCAGGGUACAGACGGCUCAAGAGAGGGCAUGAGAUUGCGUACUCAACGAAGUGUCCAGGAGACAAUAGGGCUGGGUACCAAUUCCACUGACCUGGACGAGCGUUGGAAGUAA